GUUUGUUGGAUAAAAUUAUUAAUCGCUUGACAUUUUGUCAAUUUUGUAAAAAAAAUCGUAGUGUUUCUGUAUUUCAGCAUUAAUAGAAAUGAACUACUGUUCGAGAUGGUAUUAAGUUCGUUCUACCGGGAUCUAAUAUUACACCAUUGAGUAUCUAAAAUUUUUCAUUAAUUGGAAUUAUUGACAGGCAAAUAUAAAAACUAUGAAAUUACCGUUGAAUGUGAAGUUAGCUAGAAAUUUACGCCCUCUUUGAAACAUUUCAAGAAUGAAUUUGAUUAUUCAAUGUUUUGAAAAACUUUUUAUAACUGAUCGCUUCAUUUAGCAAGUUGUUGCUAUUUCAGAAGUUUAUAUAUCAAAAAAAUAAUCAAAAACAAUCAAAAACUUUUAUACGCGUACAUCAAUUGACAAAAAAUAGAGAUGAAUGAAUAUGGUACUGAAAUCACUGUAAAAGAAGUAGAUACAGUUUUAUCAAAUAUAGAAAAGAAAUAUUCUUCAAUUAAAAACUUUCCCAGUAGCAAUGAUGAACUUGAAGAAAAUUUGUCAGUUCUUUCAAAAGAAUUUGAUUCCAUUGGUAUUACUCCAAUUGAUUUUUCACAACCACUUCCAAAAAUGUUUGAGGAACUUGUUUGUAAUGCUAGAAGCUUAGUACAAAUACACAGAAAAACUUUAGCACAAAUGAAAGAUACAAAUAUAACCAGUCAAAGUAAUAAUGUUAAAAAUAGCUAUUUACACAAAGUGGUUGAAAAUUAUCAAACGAAAAUAGAUUUUUAUGAAAACAAAAGUGCGACUCAACAAAAUAGAAUAGAAGUUCUAGAACAGAAAGUGAGAGAAAUGAGAAAAAAAGAAACUGAAAUAAAAAAUGAAAUGGAGAAGGUUAAAAGGUACCACAUGGAACAGAGCAAUGAUAAUAUGAGAAAAAUUAAAAAACUUCUAGAAGAAAAUAGAAAAUUAAAAGAAAAAGAAUCAUUUGUCACACCUCAUUCCAAAGAUGAAAUUUUACUAAAAUUCUUAGCUAAAUACAGAAAAAAUGAAGACAUCUACAAAACAACUAUUCAAGAAUUGGAAGAAAAUAACAGACAGUUAGUGAAAAAAAUUAUCGAAAUGAAAUGCAGAGAAGAACUAAACUGAUGGUAUUGGUAUUUUAUGAUAUUAUUAUUGACCAAAGUUAUUGUAUUAACUAUUUAUAACUAUACAAAUAUACUCUUUUAUAAUUUUUCUCAAAUUAUUCACAAGCAUCAAAAAAUCAUCUCACGAAAACAUCAAUUUUGGACAGGCCCUUGGUUAAUGGUGAUAUUGAACAUUUAACCCUUAACUGCUAUCUUGGUAUUACAGUCACGUAAUGAAUAUCCUGGGUUGUUUCAACACCACGUUUUAAAUAAAAGAUG